GCGGGGCCAUCCUUCUGCUACUGGAUUUUUCCAGCCAGAGCAUCUUGCCGGCUCUGCUGUAAUUUAUGGAAAUUGUUUUCUGACGUGGGGCUUUUUCUGUCACGACAGGGACCCACCAACUGGAGGAGGCAGAGCUGCAGUCAGGGCAGGAGAAGGGAGGGAGAGGAAGAGGUGGGGAGCAGAGGAACGCUGGGGGAGUAGAGAUGACAGAAGGAGAAAAAGGCACAGUGACACUUCAGACAUGGGUGAGUUAUAACUAAGACAGCAGGAAGAAAGGCAGAGAAAGGGAGAGAAGGAGAGCUGAGGGGAAGGGAAAGGAGCUCAGAGACUGUCACCCUCAAGAGGGCAAACACCAGGAGACAAGUGCAGGGAACAGCCCAGCAUACCAAGGAGGACUUGUUCUGUCUGAAUCUUCACCAUGAGCACGAGAAAGAGCUGCCCCCUGCCCCUGGGGCAAGGAGACCAGGAGGAAAAGCGGAGUGAGGGUACUCCUGACCUGGAGCCACAGGAGUGUGAGGUGGAGCUGAGGAACAAAGCUAUUAUGCAACAGAAGAGGCGCCUUAAACAAGCAACCCAGUUUGUGCACAAGGACUCUGCUGACCUGCUGCCUCUGGAUGGCUUGACAAGGCUUGGCACCUCCAAGGAUCUGCAGCCACAUAGUGUGGUCCAGCGGCGCCUCUUGGAAGGCAAUCUGAACAAGCUGCGGGGCGAGACCAGGGUUCAGUCUGCAUGGGUUCAAUCUCCGCUGGCAAAAGACCAGGAUGAAAAUAUGGAAGAGUACAGGAGAAAAGAGACUUCACCCCUGCUAAUACAGUGCCAGUGCCAAGGUCAGGUAUUGAAAGCGACCAUUAACACUGGGUGUCUACAAAAUCUCAUCUCCAAGAGCUGUUUAAACCAGCUGGGGCUGGAAGAAGUGUCUGCCAUGGACUGUGGAGAUCUCUCUCUUCCCAUCCCCAGCGUUGUUGGCCGAGUAGAACAUAUGGAGUUGCAAUUUGGCCAGGAGACAGUGCUGUGCUCAGCACUGGUUGUAGAUGAUGAAAUGCUGGAUUUUUGCAUUGGUCUUCAGACUCUGUUGUCUCUCAAGUGUUGCAUUGACUUGGAGGAAGGAGUCUUGAGAUUUAAAGCACUGAGUCAAGAGCUGCCUUUUCUACAUGCCUCUGAAGAGCCUGGCCAGUGACUGGCUGCAUUCCCCAACUCUGGGGCUGAGGAGACUUGUUGCCAUGAGAGAGAGAUGAGGGUGAGGCUCACAUGCCCCUAACCUUGCUGAGUUCUAGGCUGAGGCAUUCACUGGGGAGUGAGAUAAAGGCAAAUGGGUGCUGGAAGCUGUUGUUGCUGGGAGUGCCUCACCUUGAGAGCUAUCCCUCCUUUCAGUGGACCCUCUUGCUUGUCCCCCUGUGCCGAAUGGGCAUUUUGUUCUUGUUUUUCUAUCUGUCUGAGUCACUCCAAUUUCUGCUUCUGUACUAAAUUCACUCUAUCCUUUUAAUGACUUAUUUUUACGAUACUCUCUGUUCAUGAGACAAGACAGUCUCUCUGACAAUCUCCAGUUGUUCUGUGGACAGGAGGACAGCACUUUCUCCAAAAGCCUCCAAAGAUUGCCAUGAAUGUUUCCCUUCUCUGCCUCAAUGUAAGCUGACUCCACUCCCUUUCCUUUGUGGGACAGGCUCUGUGGUGAGUCACCUCACCUAUACUCUGGGAAGUUGGAUUUUGUCACUUUUUGCUGGCUCAGAGAAGAAAAGUAUUUUCUUGGAAAAACCUUGCAGCAAGAACACUUCUAGACUUCGUAAUUCUAAUAAACAUUUGCAGAAAUGCUGAGCGUAGAUGCCUAGAGUAUAGCGGACACUCACAGGGGCUUGGGCUUUGCCACUGCAUCCUUGUCCACUAAACUAUAUUAUAUGAAUGGCAAUGCUUAUCAUCUCUUGGCAUUAUACGCAGUAACCAGACUUGCACACCCUGUUCUUCUGACCAGGCCUCUCCUCUCUGCACUCCAGCUGCUAGAGCUACCUUCCUAUCACCUCUGCUGCAUCAUGAGAGAUCCUGCCACUCAGUUUAAAUGCUGUAAUGAAUUACAGCACCCAGAGUCUUCUGCUCUGCCAGCUGCUUUCUUUCAACUUGAAAUCUAGUGGUUGGACACAGAUACAUCAUCAGCCUCAAAUCCCAGCAUCUCACAGCCCAACUUUGCUACUCUGCAUGAAACAAGAACUAGACUUCCUUCCAGUAUCAGCUCAGGUCAGAGAACUGUGAAGUCAUCUGGGAUGUCCAGGGUGAUGAUUAAGGCACUUAAUUGUUGGGGGUUUAAAUUUUUUUUUUUUUAAAUUAUUUUUUAACAGAGCAUAGCUGUAUGAUAAAUACAUAGUCUAUUCUUUACUAGCUCUGGGAAAGAUGCACCAGAUCAGGGCUUGUUCCAUGCCUCAUGACUAUUGAUUCACUAUCCAAACUCUGCACAAAGUCCCUUUGUCCACCCUUGGAAUGUCAUGACAUACCCAUUUUGCCUAUCUUCCUGGAUUAAACACCACUGGCUCUCUUCCUUUUUUUAUCAAACCACUCAUUGUUUCUGUUUUUCUUCUCAAAGAACUUGUGUAUGCAUUUUUUGCUUUUUUCUGUCAGUUCUUUCCUAAAUCAGAGGCUGUAUUCUGUGUAUUCUGUGGUUUAACACAUGCUAAGGACAGCAGAGUGUACAACCUGGCUGAUACGAUUUGUGAUGCACUUACCAGUGUUAGUUGGUGUGACUGCCAUUUGCUCCUCCUAUAGUCUCAUCAGGCUAGAGACUUUUAUUGUUAGUCAUAUCCAGCAGUUUCUGAUCUGUUCCUUGGCUUCUUUGCCAUUCUUCUUGUGCAUCUGAUUAUUUCUGGCUACAUGAACUGCUUUCCAUGAAUCUCCUGAAUGCCACCAACAGUCCUCUCAUUUAGGUCAGGACCCAUGUCUACUUGAUGACCCUGUCUUCCAAAGUACCAGUAAUUCCUCCUGGAUUUGUAUCACUUGCAUAUCUGACUGGGUUCUCAAACCCAGGGGUCUUUAAUGACAGUUCAGAUUUAUACUAAAUCUGGGUGCACUCUGCUGAAAAAACCUUGUUAGCAACAGAUGAAACACCUGUUCCUAUGUGCAGCAACUUGCUUAGCUUCCAAAUGUCGUUGCCCUCUAAAAAUGGCAUGUGGAACAUCAGCAAAUAAUAUGCUAAACCUGACAGAUACCAUGGCUAUUACCUCUCUUAUUAUUCAUCCACUUUUAUAACCUAUUAAAAAAACAAACAGAACCCUAAACUCAAACCCUCAACAUUAAAGCUAACUCUAGCCAUAACCCAAACCCUAAACCCUAACCCUAGAUGCGACCAUAAAUCUAACUCCUUAAAGUAACCCUAACCCAAAAUCCUAAACUUAACCCCAAAAAAUCCCUAACCCUAGCCCCCAACCCUAACCUCUAACCCCUAACACAAACUCUAUCCUUAAACCUAACCCUGACCCUAACCCCUAGUCCUAACCCCUAACCCUGAAAGUUAACAUAAUCACCUAAUUUUAACCCCCUAACCCCCAAACUCUAACCUUGUAGGCAUAACCCUAAACUCAAAUCCUAAACCUAAGGAUAACUCUAAAUCCUAACCCUAAACCCAAGCACUAACCUUAACCAUAACCCUAACCCCAUACCUAAAAUAAACAUCUAACCCUGCCCCUAAGCCUAACCUGUAAACACUAACCCUAACACCUAGCCCUAAACGCUAACCCUAAACACUUACUCUGAUGCUAAAUUUUAACCCCUAACCAUAACCGUUAAGCCUAACACUAACCCCCUUAAUCUUAACCCUAAACCUACUCCCCUAGCCCUAACCCCAAACCCCCUAAUCAUAACCCUAUCUCAAACCCUUAAACCUAAACCUAUCCCCUAACCCCUAAUCAUAUCCCUCACCCCUAACCCUUGAUGUAACCCAUAAACCUAAGCCCUAACCCCAACCCUAAACCCAAACAUAAAAACUAACAAACCUAACCGUAACACUAAACAUUAAUGUUAAUCCUGAACCCUAGCACUGGCCAUAACCACAAAUCCUAACCCCUGGCCUAACCGAACUCUAAAUCUAACCACCUAACUCUAAGCCACUUAUUCUAACCCACUAAACCUAAUUCCAAAAGUGAACCCUAAUCCUAAACCUAAUGCUAAAUCUAAUUCCUAAUACUAAACCCUAACAUUAACCCCUAAACUGAACAUUAACCCUACCCCUAACUAUAACCCUAUCCCCUAAGCCAAAAGCCUAACCCUAAGCUGCUAAAUCUAAGACCCUAACCCUAACCUCAAAACUAACCCUAGUCCUAAAACUAACACUAAUUCCUAACCCUGACAUUAUCCCUAACCCCUAAUCCUAACCCUACCUCUAAAUCCUUACCCCAACAGCCCUAACCCUAAACCUUACGCUAUCCCAUACCCAACCCUCUCUCUUACCCCUAACCCUAACAUUCCAGAGUCUCUGUCGGCCUUUUUAGGUGCCACAAGGGGCCCUACUUCCCUCCAGAGUACCCCAGGGCUUUUGCUGGCCUUUGCUGCCUUCCAGAGUGUCUGACAGCUUUUGCCAGGCUUUUCUGGUGCCUACAAGUGGCUGCCAAGGGAAAGCGAGGGCUACUAACAGCUUUCAGUCCUGGCCAUUUCUGUGUGGGACCCCUAGGUGGUGGGUGUGCAUUUUGGAGCUGAGCUCUGGUGAGGGUGUAGGUGAGGGUUACAUGGUAGAGCAAGCGCAGAGCCCCAGCAUUGGUGGGGCUGUAAAGAGUCUGCCAAGGGAGGAGGAGGACCACCAACAGCUUUCAGUCCUAGCCACUUCUGUGUGACAGCCAUGCCUGGAGGAUGUCCAUUUUAGAGCUGGACUCUGGCUACGGUGAGGGUGUAGGUGAGUAGGCAGUCUUCCCAAACUCAGACUGAAGCCAACAGGAUUCUUUCCAAUGAUUUAAAGGGUGCUGGAUGGGAUCCUACAGAAAAUUGGCACAACUUUGAACUGACAUUUCUAUUUUAACUAGUGCCUGCCAUUUACAGCCCUGCAGAUAAUUGUGCACUAGCUGCUGUUAGAACGCACCAGGUGCUGUUCUUACAUGUCAGUCUUAGAAUAACUGCUUUUGCCCGACUUCAGAACAUCCUCCAGUCCUGAAGCCUUUCUGUGAUUCACAUGCCUCAUUUCUCAAAUCACCAAUAGUUCAGGUUCCUGUGCAAAUUAAUAUGCUACAGAAGGUGAAAAUCACCAGCUCAAUCUGUCCUUCUCUGCAUAAUGAAUCUUUCUUUGCACGCUCCUUACAUUCCCCCAAGCAAAUAAUUCAUUCUUCCACACUGGUAAGUGACAAAUUGGCUUCUUCCAAAAGGAAUUCUUGCCUUCUUAGAUAAUCCUUUUAACACUCCCCUGUACCCUGGUUGCUAAUACUCUCUCACAUUGUGCCACUAUCUUGACAGCCUUUCCUCUUUGUUCAUGUAGACUGAGCCACUUGUCAGCCACAGAGAGGAUGUUUCCAAGCAAGCGCUAUAUUACUGUGUGAGAGCUCUUCUUUUCAGCUGUGAAAUUAGCUCCAGAGCAGAAGACACAAUUUUCACCUUCCUCCUGUCCAUGUCAGUUGAACAUGUAGGUCCACACAGCAAAGGUCUCUUCCACCCAGACACUGAGGAAGCUGUUGCCAGCAGUUAUCCUGGUAUGUCCCCAUCAAGCUUUGCUGCAGGCAGAGCUUAUAGGAGAAAACAUUUGCAGAUUAAAUGAGAACUGCAGGUCAUAACACCAUGGUUGACAACUCACUUCAACUCCUUCCCUAAAUCACAGUCAUACAUACAGUGUUAGUACCUGGUUUCCCCUUCAUCAAACCCAACUCCCGGUGGACUUCCAUCUCCCAAAGUUGCCUGGCAUUAAAUGACAUGCUGUUACUGACCCUAACACAUGUAUUCUGAAUUCUUGCCCAAACUGGCAUUUUCUCCAAAAACCAGCACUUUUAUGUCAUUACAUGGGAAUCCCAGCUUUCAUUGUGAAAGACAGAAAUAUUAGCUUUAAAAGAUGUGAUUACAAAACAGGACUUGCAACAUCUCAAAGAAGCAAACAACCCUAUCUACUAACAUGGUAAUUUUCAAGUCUUCCUAUGUUAGGGACCCCAGUAAGUAAUUUUUAAAAGGGUUGGCAAAGCUGAAGACUGUCUCAAUUGUAGUUUCUUUUGGAAAAGCCUAUUACACAGAUCUGCUUCCCUACCUGCAAUUCCAGUCUUCUCUAUUGCUUUUGGGGGACACUAGAAAGGAAGGAGUUAUCUAAAGGUCUUUUCCACUGGAUAUCAAAAAAUGCUAAUGCUUUCACAUGGAAAGUAGAAAUUCAGUGAAAACUUCCACAUCAGAGCAUGGCAAAGGCACAUCCUGUAUGUGUCCAACACUCGUGAUGAGGCCCAUCCCUUCAAUACAGACAAUGGAAUGUCGUUAUUUUAGGGAUAAUAUCUCUGAACUGCAUUGGUAGUAGCUCCUACUAGGGCUACUUUCCAGUAGAGCAGACACGGCAGUUGUGAAACAGUCUGCAGGGAAGUGUCUAUCACAGCAAGUCCCUGGAAGAGAGAAGCAAGGGCUACAUGGUAGGUGUAAGAUACAUAUGGCUGAACCUGCCUGCUGAUGGGGAGAUGGACUUCUGAGGCCCCUUCUAAGGCCUGCGUGCAAGAGGUAAACCUGAGAACAUGCACUCUGCCAAAGCCAUAACCAGGAGCUUGGAGUCACUUGGUUUUGAAUGCAAUAGGAGUUCCGGCCAUCCAUAUUCCCAGAGGCCUGCUCUUUCUUUCACUACUAGCUGGUGAGUUAUGGAACUGAAGACUGCUGAGCCACCUACAUGUUUUCAGUCAGUCCUCUUUUCAAGAGACUCCACUGGCAAAUGCCAGGAUAUACCUGAAGAGUUAUACAAAAAUAAGUGCAAUCAGCAAAGAGAUCAUAAAAAUGAGAGCAAGGACAGCCAGCGGGUUUAUUAUGUCUCAGGAAAAUAGAAUAACCCCUUCCCUUUAUUUUCUUGCUAGUAAAUUGUCACAACCAAAGCCAUGAAUCAUUUACCUGCAAAUGCCCUCAGUGUCUGUAAAUGCUGUUAGACUCCUCACAUUCUAUGCGCUGGCACUGGGACAUACAACUGUCUUACAAAUCCUGCCCUGUCAAAAAACUUCCUGGCAUCAGUGGAUAUGCCAAUCUGCUACUGAGUAGGAUGCAGCAAACAACAUUUUCUGCUGUGUGGGAAGAAACAACUUCUAAUUCCAACUCUGUGACUUGUGUUGGCUGGCAAGGACAAACAGGCAAUGAGUUACAAUGAAAGUACAACUCCUCUAUCAGUCCAGAGACAGCCUACAUGGCUCCUUCUCUAAGCAGAUGUAUACUUCACAAAAAAUUGCCAGUGGCAGUAGCCUGAAGCAUUUACUGUAGCCAGUCUACUAACUGUCACUUUGGAGUUUAGGGCAUGAAAAAAAGUCAUCCUUUGACGAAGGAACAGUACAGAAGUUCCAUUUAAUUCUUCUGCAGACAUUUUCCUUUAUGCACAAGGGGUACAGGAGCAAAAUGCAUCUGCAAGUUAUUAUAUGCUGAAAGCAACAUAAAACUGUCAGGGAAAACCUCAAACAUUAAUAUUUUUCCUCUCAAAUGGUUUUAAGAGCUGAAGAGUUUUGGGGAACAGAUGAUCUGUAGCAUCUGUAUCUUCUCACUUCUGCUUUCCACAAUGCAGCACGCCUGGGUUUACACAGCAAUGUUAUCCUCAGGCUAAUAAGAGAAGAGAGCUAGGUUGCACAGGUUGACCUGUCUAACAUUUGCAUGGGUUUUGCCCCAUUUUCUUUUAAUGAUGGUUCUUAUGAAAAUGUCAUAUCUCCCCCAUUAACCCUUUCCUGUUUCUUCUCAACAAUUAGCAGGCCAACAGUGGAUCAAUUUGACCUUUCUUCCUUGGCAAUUAUUUGACCUGUACAGCAAAGGUGGUUGCCAUAAAAGUUUCAGUCAUACAACCAUUUGUAUCCCUCUUGCGCUUGUGUUGCUAAUAAAGGUUUAUAUUUGGCAUGGACA